AUGAAGACCCUUCCACUUCCAGUGAUGAGCAUCGCCUUCCUCCUACUGUUGACAUCAUUCCCGGAUCCGACGGUGGCUUAUUGCAAAGAAGCACUUCAUCUGUGCAUAGGAACAAUAAAGGGAAGUGAUAGAGCCACGUAUGUGAAAUGUUGUGAGAGACUGAUAACGCCAGGAACCCAAUGUGUGUGUAAGUAUGUUAACGACCCUGCGCUAAUGAAAGUUGCUUACCGCCUUAUGGCUGCUUGUGGAAAGCCUAUGCCUAUUAAUAAAGACCUCAAGAAGCAUUACAAGUGUGGUUCCUUAUAA